AUGGAAAAGCUUUUACAUUGGUCAAUUGCUAACGCACAAGGAGACGACGAAGCUAAGGCUAGGGCUGGUCAGCCAGACCCUAAACUAUUGGAACAGCUAUUUGGUGGUGGUCCAGACGAGCCUACUUUGAUGAAACAUGCAAUGGCCGUGAUAUCCAAUCCAGAAGCUACUUUAGAGAACAAAUUAGUUGCAUUUGACAACUUCGAAAUGUUGAUUGAGAAUUUGGACAACGCGAACAACAUUGAGAACAUGAAAUUGUGGGAACCAUUGAUUACUGUUUUGGAUGACCCUGAACCUGAAUUGCGGGCCUUUGCAUUGUCUGUCACUGGUACUGCUGUUCAGAAUAAUGAUCAGUCGCAAAAUAACUUUGCCAAGUACGAUGGAGCACUAGCAAAAGUGAUAAAACUAGCAUCAGGCCGUGCAGAAGACGCGCAAGUGAGAACUAAGGCCUUCUAUACCUUAUCUAACUUGAUCAGACACAAUAAGUUGAUAUAUGAUCAGUUCAACCAGUUGAAUGGUCUUCAGAUCAUUGCGCCAGUCUUGAAGGAUGCUAAUGCAAGCGAAAAAUUAAAGUUAAGAGCGAUGGCACUUUUAUCGACUGUCUUGACUGUUGCUGAUAUGAACGCAGAUUUCUUUGCUCUACUGCGAGCUUACAAUAUCAUUGAGACGACUCUAGAGUUCUUGCAUCCUGAGUGUAACUUAUAUUUGAUCGACAGAGUACUCAACUUCUUCUCACAACUUAUCAAUGUCGGUUUUGAGUUCUCUGCUACAGAACUUGAGAAGCUUAAGGUUGGGGUGAAGAACAUUGAACCCGUAGAAGCUCAAUUGAAUGAAGAUGAUUACAAAACUGUUCAGUAUGUAUCUAAGUGA